AUGCAUCCGUUUGAAAAAGGACGGAUUUAUACAUUUAUUGGGGAGGUGGUCGUCUCCAUGAAUCCUUACAAAAACUUGAACAUCUAUGGGCGUGACAUGAUUGAGCAGUACAAAGGAAGGGAAUUGUACGAGAGGCCUCCUCACCUCUUCGCAAUUGCUGAUGCUGCUUACAAAGCGAUGAAGAGGCGAUCAAAAGACACAUGUAUUGUAAUAUCAGGUGAAAGUGGGGCUGGGAAGACAGAGGCCAGUAAAUAUAUUAUGCAGUACAUCGCAGCCAUUACCAACCCCGGUCAGCGAGCAGAGGUGGAAAGAGUGAAGAACAUACUGCUGAAAUCCAACUGUGUGUUAGAGGCCUUUGGCAAUGCCAAAACAAACCGUAAUGACAAUUCCAGCAGGUUUGGAAAAUAUAUGGAUAUCAACUUUGAUUUUAAAGGAGACCCGAUAGGUGGGCAUAUCAAUAAUUACUUACUAGAAAAGUCUCGUGUGAUCGUGCAACAGCCGGGAGAACGAAGCUUUCAUUCUUUUUACCAGCUCCUCCAGGGGGGUUCUGACCAGAUGUUACGUUCUCUACAUCUUCAGAAGGAUGCAUCUGCAUACAACUAUAUCUGUCCUGGAGCGCAGCUAAAGUGUUCCAUCAACGAUGGUGCAGAGUUCAAAGCAGUAGCUGAUGCCAUGAAAGUGAUAGGCUUCAAGCAAGAGGAGAUUCAGACUGUCUACAAAAUUGUGGCAGCCAUUCUUCACUUGGGGAACUUGAAGUUUUCCGUGGAUGGUGAUACGCCGGUAAUAGAAAACGGCAAGGUUGUGUCGAUCAUCGCAGACUUGCUGUCAACAAAAUCUGACAUGGUGGAGAAGGCUCUUUUGUUUCGAACUGUAGCUACGGGUCGGGAUGUCAUUGACAAACAACAUACUGAACAAGAAGCCACCUAUGGCAGAGAUGCCUUUGCAAAAGCUAUAUAUGAGCGCCUCUUUUGUUGGAUCGUGACACACAUCAAUGAUGUGAUUGAAGUGAAGAACUAUGACACUACAAUACAUGGGAAAAACACUGUCAUUGGUGUCCUGGAUAUCUAUGGCUUUGAAAUAUUUGACAAUAACAGUUUUGAGCAAUUUUGCAUUAAUUACUGCAAUGAAAAGCUACAGCAGCUCUUUAUUCAGCUGGUUCUAAAGCAGGAGCAGGAAGAGUACCAGCGAGAGGGAAUUCCCUGGAAGCAUAUUGAUUACUUCAACAAUCAGGUCAUCGUCGACCUGGUAGAGCAGCAGCACAAAGGGAUCAUUGCCAUUCUGGAUGAUGCCUGCAUGAAUGUUGGGAAAGUUACGGACGAAAUGUUCCUCGAGGCUCUGAAUAACAAGCUAGGGAAGCAUGCUCAUUUCUCCAGCAGAAAGCUUUGUGCGACUGACAAAACGCUGGAAUUUGACCGAGACUUUCGAAUCAAGCACUAUGCUGGUGAUGUGAUUUACUCGGUCACUGGCUUUAUUGACAAAAACAAGGACACUUUAUUUCAAGACUUCAAGCGCCUCAUGUACAACAGCUCUAACCCUGUGUUGAAGAUGAUGUGGCCCGAAGGGAAACUGAGCAUCACAGAAGUAACCAAGCGACCUCUGACAGCUGCUACUCUUUUUAAGAACUCCAUGAUUGCACUAGUGGACAACCUGGCAUCGAAGGAACCCUAUUACGUCCGUUGCAUUAAGCCCAACGACAAGAAGUCACCGCAGCUUUUUGACGAGGAGCGUUGCAGGCACCAGGUUGAAUACCUCGGCCUUUUGGAGAACGUGAGAGUCCGCCGAGCAGGCUUUGCCUACCGCCAAACGUACGAGAAGUUUCUUCACAGGUACAAGAUGAUCUCGGAAUUCACUUGGCCAAACCACGACCUCCCUUCAGACAAAGAUGCUGUGAAGAAGCUCAUAGAGUGUCAUGGGUUUCAGCAUGACGUCGCUUACGGCAAGACCAAGAUUUUCAUCCGCACGCCUCGAACUCUGUUCACCUUGGAAGACCUCCAUGCCAAGAUGCUCGUGAGGAUUGUCCUCUUCCUACAGAAGGUUUGGAGGGGCACUUUGGCUCGCCUUCGCUACAAGAGAACAAAGGCCGCCCUCACGAUACUCAAGUAUUACCGCCACUACAAAGUGAAGGCCUACAUCCAUGAGGUUGCCCGACGCUUUCACAAUGUGAGGCUAAUGAAGGAUUACGGCAAGCACGUGCAAUGGCCCACUCCACCAAAAGUGCUGCGCCGAUUUGAAGAGGCACUCCAGACCAUUUACCAUAGGUGGAGAGCAGGAGAACUCAUCCGGAGCGUCCCACCAGAAGUCCUACCUCAACUGAGGGCCAAGGUUGCUGCCAUGGAGGUGCUGAAGGGUCACAGAGCUGAUAUUGGCCUACAAAGAGUGUGGGAGGGGAAUUACAUCGCACUGAAACCAGAUAACCCUCAGACCACGGGCUCUUUCAUCCCUGUUGCCAAUGAGCUGAAACGGAAAGACAAGUACAUGAACGUUCUCUUCUCCUGCCACGUCCGCAAGGUCAAUCGCUUUAAUAAAGUAGAGGACAGAGCAAUCUUCAUUACUGAUCGACACCUUUAUAAGAUGGACCCGAUGAAGCAGUACAAAGUGAUGAAGACCAUCCCCCUGUAUAAUUUGAUAGGGUUGAGUGUCUCCAAUGGAAAGGACCAGCUCGUGGUCUUCCACACGAAGGACAACAAGGAUCUCAUUGUCUGUCUCUUCAGUAAAGAGCCCUCUAACGACAGCAGGAUCGGCGAGCUGGUGGGAGUCCUGGCAAGCCACUUCAAGAGCCGGCUCUCCCGCAGCUCCGAGGCAGCUCCUUCGGGCACACUGGAGCAACCUGGUUUUUCUUGGGAGUUCACGUGGGAGUGCCUGCAAUUACAGCUGCCUUCGGCUUCUCCGCGGUGUUCGGCCGACAGCUAUCGCCGAGGGAAAAACAAUGAACCAUUUUCUUCAAGCGACGCUCACUGGUUUGAUAAAUAA